AUGCUGGACGAUCGCGUCGAGGAAUUCGCGGCGGCUCUCUCUCGCGUAUGCGUGAUGCGGGCUAUGGAUGGCAUCACCCUCGGCAGUGGCAUGUGCACGUUGGAGGAGCUUCAUGCGUGCGGUCGUCGCGAGAUGUGGCGGGAGAGGCGAGAGGCAGAGAUUCUCGAACAGCUUGGCGCGUGGCAGGCAAAAAUCGUCAGUGACUGGGAUGCGCGACAUGCUGAGUGGAGGCGCGGUGGUAACGCUUUUCGCGAAGUGGAGGAUAAGUGCUGGGUACUUACCUGCCACUUCACUCUCAUGGAUUUUGUGUCAAGUCCCUUUGCCAAGUUUGACGGAUGCGCACGGCUUUUCUCCCCUCUGGGACCCUGCGGGGGGUUGUUUCGUGCCAUUAUGCAAAUGGACGAGGGAGGAGCGGAGCGCCGAGGUCAGACGAUGGCACUUGUACAUCAGGCGUGCCCAGCGACCACGCCAGAGAUGAGACGGACUCGUCAGCUGCUGGUGGAAUCGCGCCGGGCAUGGCGUUUGCUGUUCUUUGUGUGGAUGCGUUUUCUUCUGACGCAGAAGGGUCCGCCAUCCCGUGAGAAUUGUUUGGUUUUGAGUUCAGCGGCGGAGCAGUUUCUGCGCAUGCAACAACGUGAGUUCCAAAAAACGUUAAUGGCGGCAAAGAGGCGGUCUGGCGGGAGCUUGCCGCACAACUGA